AUAACAGUUUUUGUAAUAAUUUAUUUUGAAAGUUAAUUUAAUAAAAUUUUGUGAAUCAAGAAUUGGGGGGCUUAGAUAUUGACAUUAUAUGCAUUAAAACAUAAACGUGCAUAUGGUAAUUAAAAUAUAAUAAAAGAAAGUAGAAAAAUGGAGCUGGACCCAGAAUUUAGGAUUCAAACUUUUCGACCGACAUUUGAGGAAUUUAGAGAUUUUCCAACUUACAUCAAAUAUAUUGAAUCAAAAGGAGCACACAAAGCUGGCAUAGCACGAAUUAUUCCACCAAAAGAGUAUAAACCUCGAAAGAGCGGUUAUGAUGAUUUAACUCAACUGAAAGUGACAAUAAAAAAGCCAAUAUUUCAAGCAGUAGCUCAUGUGACAGGACGCAUCCAUGGUUAUUAUCAACAAGUGAAUGUUCCUUUGAAAUCAAUGAAUGUAACAGACUUCCAUAAUCUGGCAAAUAGUUCAACUUAUAAGACACCAGAACACACAAAUUAUGCUGAUUUAGAGAGUCAGUAUUGGGAGAAUAUCACAAGUCAUGCAGGAAUUUAUGGAGCUGAUGUUUGUGGCUCCAUAAGCGAUCCCGACUUACAAGAAUGGAACAUUAAUAAUCUUGGAACAAUACUCGAUUACGUCGGAAAAGACUACAACAUGUCAAUUGAUGGUGUCAACACCGCUUAUCUUUACUUUGGGAUGUGGAAAACAACUUUUGCAUGGCACACUGAAGAUAUGGAUUUGUAUUCCAUCAAUUACCUUCACUUCGGUGCACCUAAAACAUGGUACGCAGUGCCACCCAAGUAUGGUCGAAGAUUCGAAGAGCUUGCUGAUAUAAUCUUCGAUAAAUCUUCAAAAGCAUGUCGCUCAUUUCUUCGUCAUAAGAUGACUGUGAUACAUCCGGGACGUCUUGCUGAAAAUGAUAUUCCUUACGAUUCAAUUGUGCAAGAAGCUGGACAUAUUAUGAUCACUUUUCCGUUUGGAUAUCAUUCAGGCUUCAAUCACGGCUUCAAUUGUGCUGAGUCGACAAAUUUCGCUUCUGAAAGAUGGAUCGAAUAUGGAAAGCAUGCAAAGAUUUGUCACUGCUGCCCUGAUUCAGUGAAAAUCGACAUGGAUGCAUUCGUCAAACGGUUUCAACCUGAAGUUUAUGAAAAUUGGAGAGUUGGUAAAGACACAACGCCACAUCCUGAAUAUCGAAUUAAUUUAUACGAGCCUAAAGUUAAUAUUCCAACCAAGAAACUUUCGUUCAUGGAAAGAAAUCCUCAGCUCAAUAUUCAGGAAAUCUUAGACAAUCCGAAAAUUCCCAUUGAAGUUAAAACUGAGUUAAAUGGAAGCUUCUUAGUGUCAGCUGAAGAUGAAGUUGCUGGUCUAAUUGCUGAUAAUGAUGAUUCAGAAAGAAAAUCUGAUUUGCAACGUUUUCUCGAAGAUUCUUCAGAUGAAGAUGAACGUCCCAAACGUCGACGACGUAAAAAACACGACUCUGACUAUGACGACGAUUGGUAUGAAACUGCUGGACAUAAAUUCAUAAGUGAAGAUGGGAAGGUCGUCAAAAACUUGGGACGAAUACCAAGAGCAAGAAAUGUAACUCGUAAAACGUUAUCACCCAAUAAUAGUAGCACCGUGAAAAGCAAUCGUGGACGAAAGAAACGUGCAGCAACAUCAGAAAAUGUCACAAAGCAAGAUGAAGUUGAUCAGGAAACAACAACUGAGACUUAUCCAAAUGCUAAACUUACGGUGAUUGAAACGAAAACUGCUAAAGUGACUGUCAUGACUGCAAAACCAAGCGACUUACCAACAGUUUCGCCUCAGAUUAAAAAAACAGAAGAAAAGAAAAUGAAUCCAAAUCAACCUUCGUACAAUGAUGCGUUUCAGGCAUUUUUAAUUGGGCACAAAAGAGUUCCUGACACAUCGCCAACUGAAAGUCAAGUGAGAAGCUCGCAGCCAUCAACACCAGCAACAUCGAAAGUUUCAAAUGAUUCUCAAAAUUCAUCUGCAAAGGUCAUCGUACAAACAAUAAAUCGAUCAGAUUCCCCACUAAUUAAACCGACAGAUAAGCCAUCAGUAAUUUCAAAAAGCAGCUCGAAAACUAUUUCGACAGGUACACAACAGCAGAAGUCAUCACUUAAAACGUCACAGCAGCGCGUUAAGACUGAACGAAUCCAACCUUACAUUUCUAAUCAAAGUUCAACUUACAUGAUUCAAUUACAACAGGAGAAUCAUAAAAAAAAUUCUAAUGGAACGUCUAAUCAAGUUUACUACACGAUUCAAAAGUCGCCAAUCAAUUCUUCUACUCGUAAAGAGCAAUCGACUUAAACUCGAUCUCAUUCUAAUUUCUUUAAAAUCAAAGAAGAACUUUUAUUGAUUAGCAUGUAAAUAAACUUGUCAGAAAAUGUUCCAACAAUUAAAACUUUUAAAAGAAACAAAAUUAUGAUGCAUUGAUAAAGAAUAAAAACAAUAAAAAUUAAGUUUAUGAUUGAAA